GUCUCUACGCAUACUCUCUACGACGUUGCCGCUGGACCCGAGUACAUACGACCACUCCGGGAAGAAAUCCAGGCUAUAACCGCGACGGAUAGCUGGUCCAAGGCAGCUCUUGACAAGAUGGCGAAGCUUGGUAGCCUGCUCAGAGAAUCAAUCCGCUGCCACGGUGUGGCCCUCAAUUUGUUGACCCUUAAGCGGAUGGCCAUGAAGGACAUCACCUUGAUCGAUGGGACGUACAUCUCCAAGGGCACCUUGCUCGCCGCUACCGCGCAUCCGAUG